AUGGCUGCUUCCUUGUUUGACCGGUCCAGAUGCACCUCAAAGAUAUACUGUUACUUACUUUUUUCACUAUUUUGCAACAUUGCAAUCGCUUCUAUUGAUAGCCACGAUAUUUUCACACCAAAUGACAUUUUAUCGUCCGUUGACAACACCUGCUUAGUAUUACUGACAGAGUUUUCAAACAUGGACACGUCAGAUUUAUUUGACAACCUGGCCAUCAAAACGUUCGUGAAUGAACCGCUUGUGCAGUUUGGUUUAAUUGAAACAACUACAUUUGUAUGGCCAGGCGGAAAGACUUUAUCUGAAGACUCUACUAAGAGUAAAUCAGAAAUAAUUAUUUUUGAAAGGAGAAUUGCGGACAGGACUUGUUUGCUUAUGAGAAAAAAUCCGUCAUCUCUUCGUCCAAUCUUCUAUUCUGGUUUUUUAAGUCAAGCAAGUUUGAUUGACUUUAUUAACACUCAUUGUCACACAUACAGGUCACCUGAUGGAGGACUCAGUAUAGAAGGUCACCAUAGAAAGGAAAUAUUAAAUACACUUUUCUCUGUAGCUCAGGUGUCACGUGUAACUAUGGGCAAAAUGAUGGACUCGCAUAAUACUCCAGCAGAUAUUUCUGAAGAAGCACUGCACAACCAAGAAAAGAUGCAAAAUAAUAAAGAUAUACAUGAAGACAAUUCCUGUUUUAUUCAUGAAGAUGGGAAAUGUGACAAGAAGGAUUUUAAUGAUAAACAAUUUUAUAAACACGAAGAUAUACCACAAUGUGAAAGGAUUAGUGAACCAACUAAAGAACAAUUUUUCCACGAAUACUUAAAAAUUUCAAAACCUGUAAUUAUAGAAAAAAUGACUAAAACAUGGCCUGCAUUUCAGAAGUGGACAAACAAUUUUUUCAAAAAAGAAUAUGGAAAUCGUGAUGUCUACAUAAAAUUGACACCAAAAGGAGAAUUUGAAGGAGUGGAACAAGCCGAUCUAUGGGAUAAUUUCAAUACUUUCUCCAUCCCACCUGAAGUUAUCGUUCAAUUGCAUCAUUCAGAAUUAGUUGUUGUAAGACCAGCGUCUUUAAAUUUGAAGUUUUCAGAGUUUUUGGAUACAAUUGAAAAAGUAACCAGAGGAGACUUGAAAAAUGUGUCAGCAUAUUUAGAAUAUUCAUCAAUCCCUCAGCAUCUGCCAGAAUUAGAGGAUGACAUCAGAGAAAUGCCCUUUGUCAAUCCAAGGGUCCAUAAACUGGAACAUUUGAACAUAUGGCUGAGUGAUGGAAACACCCUAGGAAAACUUCAUUUUGAUCCAUAUGAUAAUUUUCUUUGCCAGGUUCAUGGACAGAAACAAGUGAUACUGUUUGAGCCACAUCAAAAUGAGAAUCUCUAUGAGGCCCACAUACAAGAAGCAGUUCUCUCUUACAACGAAACAACAAAAGAAUUCCGCCGGAGCAACCUUGUGGACAGUACAUCCAUGGUUAUGUCCCCUGUUGACAUUCUGAAACCAGAUUUUGAGAAGUUUCCACGAUUCCGAUCGGCCAUGCCUCUGAACUGCACAUUAAAGGAAGGAGAUGUUCUUUUCAUGCCAAGUUUCUGGUGGCACGAGGUCCAGUCAUCCCCUAACGGAACAGCUGGACAUAACCUUGCAGUGAACUUCUGGUAUGAUCCUUUCCUAACUAAAGAGUACCCAUGUCCAGAGUGUCGAUUGGACAUCAACCCAAGGUAUCGCCACCUGCUAUGACCUCUGACCUGUCAUUGGUGAUGUGACCUUGAUGUGACCAUAGCAUUUGACCCUUCAGUGAAGAUGGAGGAGAUUUACGUUGGAACCGGGAUGUGUCAUUGAUAAUGUGCAACUGUGAACUGUCAUUGGUGUUCAUGAUUUUCAAUCUUUAUUCUGAGAUCACAUUGGAAUGCGUGACCUGAUUCUUUUUUCUUAUUCUUUUUUCUUUCUUUUUUAGGGUUUCAAAUUGUAUUUUUUUAACUCUGAGAAAAUGAUUUGGAGGGAUACCAAGGUUGGGACCCUGAAUUCAUCUCCCCCUUACAUCAUGGAGCAUUUCACACUUUCACUAGUUCAUUUUUAUCACAUUUACUCAUCCACCAUUUAUUCUUCCAUCAAAUUCAUACACAAGGGAAGAAUAACCAGAGAAAGUAGAUUUACACACAUACAUGCACACAUACAUAGCUAUAAAUUCUAACUUUUUAAGGUAUCAUCACCUGCUGUGACUUCUGACCUGGUGGUGAUGUGACCUUUCUACACCAUGACAUUUGACCUGUCAGUGAAGAUUAAUGAUAUUUACUUUAGAUCCAGAAUGUCAUUGAUAAUGUGGGACAUUGUUGCUGUGACUUGUCAAUGGUGAUCAGGAUGUUCAAUCUCUGUGACCUUAUUUUUGUUAUAUCUUACUAUAAUUGGUUCAUUGUGACCCCUGACCUUCAUUGUAGAUCAUGAUGUGUGACCUUUGUAACACUUAACUUUCAUUGGUUCUUUUGUGACCCCUGACCUGUCAUUGUAGAUGUUGAUGUGUGACCUUUGUAACACUUAACUUUCAUUGGUUCUUUUGUGACCCCUGACCUGUCCUUGUGUGACGUUUCUGUUGUGAUACUUCUCCUUUCUUAGUUCUGUUUUGACCUCUAGUCCAUCACUGUUUGUGUUGGCCUUACUGCUAUUAGUGUAUUUUAUUUUUGCUUUAAAUCAUAUUAACAGCCAGGAUCAUUUAAGGACGUGCCAUGCUUGGAUGAUGAAGAAAAGUCGUGAGUUCUCGGAGAAAAACCAUUGACCUGAGACCAUUACCUGGUGACUGCCCUGAAUAGGCCUUGAACUUGCAACCCACAGGUGGAGGGUUUGUGAUAGAGACAGUCAGAGUGCAUGUAUGCUUUAACUACUCAGCCACUGCAGCCCCAACUUACUACUCUGAUCCUUGCCCUUGUAUGACUUUUAUAAUGUGAUACUUGACCCUCUGUUCUUUUUGCAUUGAAAUUUGACCGGUCAGUUAAAAUUCAUUAUUCUUGAUCUGUCAGUCAUGCUGAUAUUUGUACAUCAACCACUGGGUUGUUGAUUGACCAUGUGGUUAUGCACUGGCCUUUUUUCAAAGGUGACCAAGGUUCAUGUCGCUUAUCAUACAUCAGGAAGUAUGGGUGCUAUCUUCUCCCACUGCAAUCCACAAGAGUGAUUAAUGUAAGCUAUAUUGACCUUUUUUCAUAAUUGUUGUAAUUUUAUUCAAUUUUAUUUUCAACACCAAGUCAUUUAGUAUCCAUGAUCUGUGAAUUCUCUUCUUUGUCCUCUUAUCAGUCAGUGGUAUGUGUAGUGACCUUUCAGUUAGUAUCCCUGACCUGUCAAUGACAGUUUGUGAUCCUUCUAUGCUGUUUUAUUGGAUAUUUUUCUCCAUGACCCUUGACAUCUUCACUUGUAAGGAACCUAAAUACCUGAACUGUGGUCAGAUGAAGAGGUCAGUUGGGUGGUGCAGUAGUAAUGCACUUGCCAUUCACCGAGGGGUGCAGGGUUUGAUUUUGAUAAUGUUUUGUGUUUAUCCUACAGCCCAUGGUAUCAACACCUUUAAUUCUUACUGAAAAUCAGGGCAGCAAUAUGGUCUUAUGGGAUGGGCUUAUUACAAGACGUGGGCUUAUUCCCAGAUAAUUAUGUAUGUGAGUGAAUAUUUUUGACAUUUUCAAUGAUACAUGACAGCUGUAAAAUUUAUCAGUUUGGAAAUAUAUUUUGUACCUAUAAAUAAACAAGGUAUGCUGGAUUAUACCAGCUUCUCUGCAUUCUGUUACUGGCUUUCAGUCAGUAUACUCAAAAGUUCAUUUAAACCACAAUCUAAUUGCAGUUUUUUAUAUCCGUUUGGUUUUUGUAGUCGUGAGAAUCUGUAUUUAAGAUGGCAUCCAUGGGACCAGAAAAUAUGGAAAAUUGCUUAUUUGACCACUUAAGAUACAUCUGCAGUUAGUGAGAACUUGAUUUAAGAAAUAAACAGUACAAGAAGACAAAUUUAACUACGAUACUAUUAUUAAAUCAAAUAAAUAUAUAUUAAUAUGGCUUUAGAAGUCUUUUUAACUAAAUGAUAUUGGAUUUUGUAUAUGUUUUUUAAGCUUUUCAUUCAGAAAAUGUUAUUUUUUUUAUAUUAAUCUCCAUAGCACCAUUAGUUUACAGUUAACUUUAGGAUAUACCAAAUAUGGAAUUAUUUUCCACAACAUUGUCAUUCCUAGAACACCAACUCUGGAAAAUUAAAAGGAAGUUGUUUACAGAAAUGUAUAUUGAAAGUCCUUUGAUGUUUACUUAUAGUCUGUUUCAGCUAAGAUUUUAUCGACUCAUUUUGCAGAUAUGUUACUACAUUCAGCAAUAAAAUAGACAGAAAUUUUUAUUUAGAUGAAUUAUUAUGAUAGACAUUUGAAACUACACUAAGUAAUAGAAAACAA